UAAUAAUGUACCGAUGUUUUUUACAUUCACGCAUAACAUACCUUUGGAACUUGUGUUCUUAGUCAUACAAGAUAGCAUUUCAGAGGUAUAUGAAGUCGGCAAAGAAGAGUUAAAAUACGGCACAGAGCCUCAACGUGCGACGUAAGUUCUGGCCAACGGCUGAGUUCUGGACAAAACUUUACCGGCAUAGGGCUGAAAAUUCAGCCCGCCUAAGAAGGAGGUGUAAAUUACGAAAACACCUCUUUUUUCAAUUAUCAACGUUACCCUGCUCCUCUCAGAAAACAUAUUCAAGAAUUUCUCCAUCAAAAAACAAAAAAGAGUUAAAGCUUUUCCAUUUCCCUUUCUCUGCUGCAAUUCGAAGAGAUUAGGCAAUGGCAUCGCUAUCUUCUCCGCCACCACAUAUAGUGACAACUCAUGUUUCUCGACUUCAGUUGUUAAAACUUGGAUCAUGGAAGGUACAGAAUCCUCGCCAUGGCCUCACCUUUCCCCAUAUGCGCCUGAAACAUUUUCCUAUUCUUAGCAACAAAAUGUCCUCUUGGGAGCCAUCUCCCUUCCCAUUUUCCCCCAAGGACGACGAAGGUAGGAACUUCCUAAAGGAACCUGAUAACACUUUUGAAUCUAUGGAUGUGAAAGAUAUGCUAAAAUCAUCGCUUUCUGAUGAUGAAGAUGUUGUAGAGGAGAAAUCCCAACCAUCUGUGCAACUUCAACCUCUUAAAUGGCCGAUGUGGCUUUUAGGGCCUUCGGUUGUUCUCGUUACAGGAAUGAUACCCACUUUAUGGUUACCGUUAUCCUCUGUAUUUCUUGGUGCAAAUACCGCCAGCUUACUGUCCUUGAUAGGGCUUGACAGUAUUUUCAAUACUGGUGCAAUCCUAUUUCUCCUCAUGGCGGAUGCAUGUGCUCGACCAAAAAACCCUACACAGAUGUUCAAUAGCCAGGCUCCUCUCAGUUACAAGUUCUGGAACGUACUUGCGAGCAUAGUCGGGUUUCUGAUACCUCUUCUGAUGUAUUUUGCUUCUCACAAAGACUUAAUUCAACCACAAGUAUCUUUCAUAUCGUUCUCUGUUCUACUUGGACCCUAUCUUCUUCUUUUAUCUAUACAAACGCUGACAGAGAUGCUGACCUGGCAUUGGAAAUCCCCCGUGUGGUUAGUGACCCCAAUUGUUUAUGAAGCAUAUCGAGUUCUGCAGUUGAUGAGGGGUUUAAGGUUGGGUGUGGAUAUUGGUGCACCUACUUGGAUUAUGGCGAGUAUGAAAGGAUUGGUUUCUUGGUGGAUACUGAUACUUUGUAUGCAGCUUAUGAGGGUAGCCUGGUUUGCUGGAUUUGCAGACCAAGCUCGACAACAAACUUGAAAUUAGAAUGAAAAUGCUUUUCUUCUAUUACUGUAGGUGUAAAAGGAUCUAGCCGUAAAAUUGAAUAAAUUGUGAAAUUGUAUAAGCUUGCAUGGUGUAUGAGUUAUACUCUUCUGUGUCGCCAAAAUGAUUUACUGUUACUGUAUAGUCAUCUGAUUUCCAUCAGUUUGAUAGCCUCUAAUUAAUUUCUUGUAAAUGAACAAGAAUUGUGUUCCUGCUGUGGGAGUAAAUUUGUUGAGGUGUUAUGAAAAAGUCUUUC